ACUACACCAUGCGAUUCAAAGCAAUGUUUCUUUAAAUGUAAUCACUAGUAUAUCUAAUGGCAACAUAAAUUGUUCAUAAAUAAUUGAAUAACGAAGAAUUCCUCAUUAUGUCGACGUCCUUUCGAGAGAAUCUGUUUCAUGCAUUCAUAGUUCUGGURAUCGUGUCGUUGGUUGUCAGUGUUUGGAUCGUUUUCGUUGAUGACUUCUCGUUCCACCGCAUUAGCCUAUAUCAAAGGGUUGACGAAGACGAUCAAGUAAUGAUGCUUAAAGACAAUAUCACAUUGAACGACGAACAGACGACACAAAACACAAAGCCUGCGAGAUGUAAAUGUAAAAAGAGAAUCAUGUUUCUUAAAACGCAUAAAACUGGAAGCAGUACCAUUACCAACAUAUUAAAUCGAUUUGGUAACAAAUACAAUCUCUCGUUUGCUCUACCUACCAACAGAAUCUCGUUUGCCUGGCCCAAUCGGUUUAAAACAAUAACCAUGAUGCCCUUAUAUGGAAGACCUCAUAUAUUAUGUAAUCAUGCAAGAUAUAACAAACCAGCCCUGCAUCAUCUGUUCCCAAAAGACCGCAGUACCUACAUUACUAUCCUUCGYGAUCCAAUUCAACAGUAUGAGUCUAUAUACAUUUAUAUGAAACUAUGGGAAGGUUUGAAAAUAAACGGAGAUGGUGACCACGUUCUUAUUUUAGACAAGUAUCUACAGAAUGUGACCACAGUUCAAUCGGCGAGGCUGGACGGAAARUUAGGUUCGCGAUUAUUGCGCAAUCCAAUGCUUUUUGAUCUGGGGUUAGACUUUCGUUAUUAUCAAGACAUUAAAGCAGUUUGGAAAUAUAUCAAGUUUCUGGAAAAGGAGUAUGACUUGAUCUUGAUAAUGGAGUACUUUGAUGAGUCUGUGGUUCUUUUGAAAAGAAUGCUUUGCUGGGAGCUCGAUGAUAUUGUUUAUUUGAAAUUAAAUGAACGUCUAGAUGGUGAUAAACGGAAUUUCUCAGAAAGAAUUGAGAAAAACAUUAAAAGUUGGAAUAAAGCAGAUUUUAUGCUAUAUGAUUAUUUUAAUARGACWCUAUGGACGAAAAUUGCCAAAGAAGGCCYUGAUUUYUACGAGGACUUGGCACAAUUCCGUAAACGCCAAAAAGAGGUAUUUGAYACYUGUGUUGAUUCGACUUCGCUAGCUAAAGCUUACACGGGCAAGUACGUUAAAGGMUAUAGACUGAGAUCAGACCUCUCAAAGAAUACAAGAACGUUUUGUGGAAACAUCAUUAAGGGGGAGUUGACUUUYAUGGAAGAAAAUAUUGCAAUACAGAAAAAAAGACAAGAACUUGUAGACCAYCCGGGAGAAUUUGAAGAUAUUUUUGAUAAAGAAAACGACUGGGAGAAGGCCAAAGAUCUUGUACAUGAUCCGAUUCGCUUGCCUUCGAAUGAUACUGAAGACGCAACAGACUCCCCAAUCGAAUGAUUGCGAUCAUGUCUUCUUCUCUGCGAAUGUUCAGAUAUAGUGACACCAUGCAUCCACAAWUAUACAAUUUCGAUACAAUUCAUUGCUGGAAUACCAAGAAAAGAAUUUACAGUCCUCUUUCAUUAUGACGUCACAUUGAAACCCUAAGCGGCAUUUGAUGGACACGACUGAAAGGUAGAAUACCAACAAACAAAAUACGACAAAUAGGAGACGAAUAAAUAUUUAUACACAAUAUUUAUAUGUAGACUUGGUCUUUCGAAGGAGAUUUACUCCAGAUUUCCAUCGUAUCUCUCGAAAUGGCUGCCCUACAGUUAAACCGCACGUUGUUACGUCAUAUUGAAAGGAAUGCRAUUUGAAUGAAGCCUAAGAAUUCAGUUUUUAUUGUCUUUUAUAAUAUUUAUUUUAAUAAUGUGCUAUUAUGACAUGAUAUACAGCAUCAUUAAGGCUCAAUUUUUGAUAUUAUUUUGUGAUCCGCUUAAUUAUGCAAAACAUAUCGGAUGGAUAAUGGGUCGUCGAAUCAGUUAUGCGUCAGUUCUCAUUGAUUGGUUGUGUUUUCAUUGUCAACGUUGAAUUA